AAAAAGUCAGUGUCACAAACAUUAGUUGUAUGUAGCGAUAGUAAAAUUAAAUACAAAGAUAACUAAAACAAAUAAAUCUAAUUGAUUACAACAUUAUUUACGUAUUCAUCUGAUAUAGUGAAUACCUCUUAAACUGCUCCAAACCUACUUGCAUGAUAAUUACCACCAAGUAAAAGCUACAUAAAGCCUGAUUCAUUUUUAAUGUUAUUGGAAGACAAUUUUUACGAUAUGCCUCCUGUUAAAAGAGGGAAGCGUGGUGUUAGCGAUGCUGAUGAUGAGGAUGAUGAUUACAGAAAAAGACGAAACAGGAAUAAUGAGGCAGUAAAAAAAAGUAGAUUCAAGUCUAAACAGCGCACGCAGGAAACAUUCUCACGUGUCAGUAAAUUGAAAGCCGAGAACCAAGUGCUCGAGGAGAAAGUAAAAACUUUAUCAAAACAACUUCAGUUCCUGAAAGACUUGUUUUUUGCUCAAGCAAAGAAAGACACCACCGAAUUGGAAGGUAUCGACUUAAACAAGCUCUUUGAAGACUUACCAGACGAUAGGGACACAAAUGAUAAAUAGUAUUUAGAAGUGUGAGUGAUAUGAUACAAACACUAAGUUAUGUACGUGAAUUUUCUGAUUUAGUGACAACACAAAGGAGAUUACUUUUUGUGAAAUCUACAGAAGCCUUGUAAGUUAAAAUUAGUGACACAGUAAAGCAUGAAAUAUCAUAUAUUUCUUCUAUAUAAAAGAGACGGCAAAGUGUAAUAAAACAAUGAUGAACUAAAUAAAUUUUCUUUAUGAUUGAAAUUAAAAUAUAGCUUAUUCAAAUUGGUAAAUGAUUUACAAUGUUCAUUCUUUAUUUGUGUUUUUAUUUUAAUUUUGAUUCCAUUGCAGGGAGCAUAUGAUAGUUGUAAAUUGUAUAAAUUACUGGCUGCAUGUAAUGCAUUUUUAAUUUAGCUUUAAGAUUUGUGCAUUAUUAUUAUUAUGAUGUAAUACAACAUUUCAAUGUU